AUGGAAGAGAAGAAAGGGAAUGCUCCUGCUUCAGUGCUCAAGCCAUUUGUAAAUGGCGGAGUCGCCGGCCUUCUUUCCGGCUGUUUAAAUGGCUUCAUCGAUUAUUCAAUGUCCAGCCUUCACGACGCUCGUUAUAGAAAGCAUCCUAACUAUGUGCUCUACUGCUUCAAUCGCAACUGGAUUCCUGGGAUGGUUUUGGUUGAUGCUUUUGCUUUUAGUCAGAUACUUGGAUUCUACAACAUUCUGAGAGGAGAAGUAGUUGAUAGAAAUGAUGGUAUGCGACCAAGUCUGUAUCAGGAAGCUGCUAGUGGUUUGAUUGCUGGAACAGCUGCUGCGUAUCUCAGAUUUCCAUUCGAUUUAGUCAAUCAGCAUAAGACGGCUGUAUCCAUGGGACCAAUUGCAGAUCGUUGGAGAAUCAGUAGUCAGUAUAGUGUGUCGCAUAUCUUGAGAGAGGGAGGUCCUUGGUUGAAGACAAAAGCUGGGUUAGGCAUGGGUAUGGUUGCAGCCUAUAAUCCAAGUCUCCAUUAUCUCAUCGAGUCUCAUGGUUUUAGCGAAAAGGAUGCUAAAUCUGGUGCAAGGGCUAUCUCAGCAUUCUCUGCCGCUGCUUGUGCGCAACUGGCAAUACAUGCAGGCUCCUUCAGUUCCAAGGUCUCCAGCAAAAAUUCCCAACCGUCAAUUGAAGCUUAG